AUGUCUUUGCAAGAUAGACGUAAUGAAGAAUGGGACAAAAAUGGCCCAGCCAAUGACGAGAAGGAGCCCCAGGGCUACGACGGGCCGCCGGGCAUGGAGCCCGACGGCAUCAUCGAGUCCAACUGGGAGGAGGUCGUCGACAACUUCGACGAGAUGAACCUGAAGGAGGAACUCCUCCGAGGCAUCUACGCCUACGGUUUCGAGAAACCAUCGGCCAUCCAACAGCGAGCCAUCAUACCGUGCGUCAAAGGACACGACGUGAUCGCCCAGGCCCAGUCUGGUACCGGUAAAACGGCCACAUUUUCCAUCUCCAUUCUCCAACAAAUCGACACGUCGGUGAGAGAAUGCCAGGCGCUGAUCCUGGCGCCCACCAGAGAAUUGGCCCAGCAAAUCCAGAAAGUAGUCAUAGCGUUGGGCGAUUUCAUGUCGGCGCAAUGCCACGCUUGCAUCGGUGGCACCAACGUGAGAGAGGACAUGAGAAAACUGGAGACCGGAGUGCACGUGGUGGUGGGUACGCCGGGUCGAGUCUACGACAUGAUCACCCGUCGGGCGUUGCGAACGAACCACAUCAAAAUGUUUGUGCUCGACGAGGCCGACGAGAUGUUGUCGAGGGGAUUCAAAGAUCAAAUACACGAUGUGUUUAAAAUGUUGAACUCCGACGUGCAAGUUAUUUUACUUUCUGCUACGAUGCCUAACGACGUGUUGGACGUUACGAAAUCGUUCAUGCGAGCGCCCGUGAGAAUUCUCGUGAAAAAGGAAGAGCUCACCCUCGAGGGUAUCAAGCAGUUCUUCGUUUACGUGGAACGCGAAGACUGGAAAUUGGAGACGUUGUGCGAUCUCUACGAUACUCUAUCGAUUACGCAGGCCGUAAUCUUCUGCAACACCCGUCGCAAGGUCGAUUGGUUGACGGAGAACAUGCACAAGCGAGACUUCACCGUUUCCGCGAUGCACGGUGACAUGGAACAAAGGGAACGUGACGUGAUCAUGAGACAAUUCAGGACGGGUUCGUCGAGGGUGUUGAUCACCACUGAUUUGUUGGCCAGAGGUAUCGAUGUCCAACAGGUAUCCCUAGUUAUUAAUUACGAUUUACCUUCGAAUAGAGAAAACUACAUACACAGGAUUGGUCGUGGUGGUCGAUUCGGUCGUAAGGGUGUAGCAAUAAAUUUUGUUACGGAAGACGACAAGCGUACGCUGAAGGACAUUGAGCAGUUUUACAAUACGAAAAUAGAUGAAAUGCCGAUGAAUGUUGCAGAUCUCAUAUAA